CCCCCCCCCCCCCCCCCAGCCAAGAUGGCGGCCGCCGGGCGGCGCUGACCGCUGGGGGGGCCGCGUCUGCACCCACCGGGGGGGCCUCGCCCCGGUGCCCCCCCCCACCCCCACCCCGCGAUGCUGCGGCGGCUGUUGGAGCGGCCGUGCUCUUUGGCCUUGCUGAUUGGCUGCCAGUUCGCUUUCGUCGCUUAUUUUUCUUUGGGGGGUUUCCGGAACCUCACGGCUCUUUUCGGUCGUUCUUCCCCCCCCGCCGUGGAUUAUUCCCGCACUCACGACGUUUACGCCAACCUCAGCCGGCUGCUGCCCCAAGGAACCCUGAGGGACCCCGCCGAGCCGCUGCCCUACUGCCCACAGCGGUCACCCCUCCUCCUCGGCCCUCUGACGGUGACCUUCAGCCGUGUGCCCACCCUGGAGCAGAUCCAGGCCAAGAACCCAGCGGUGCAACCUGGUGGUCGUUACCAACCCCAAACCUGUGAACCCCGUUCCCGCACCGCCGUCAUCGUCCCGCACCGCAACCGUGAGACUCACCUGGGCCACCUCCUCUACUACCUGCACCCCUUCCUGCAGCGCCAGCAGCUGCACUACGGCAUCUACGUGGUGCAUCAGGCAGGGAACAGCACCUUCAACCGUGCCAAGCUGCUGAACGUGGGGGUGAAGGAGGCCCUGAAGGACGAGGAGUGGGAUUGCCUCUUCCUGCACGACGUCGACCUCAUCCCCGAGAACGACCACAACCUCUACACCUGCGACCCCUGGAACCCCAAACACGUCUCCAUUGCCAUGAAUAAAUUUGGGUACAGCCUGCCGUACCCGCAGUACUUUGGGGGGGUCUCAGCUCUCACCCCGGAUCAAUACAUGAAAAUCAAUGGUUUCCCCAACGAAUAUUGGGGUUGGGGCGGCGAGGACGACGACAUUGCCACCAGGGUGCGCCUGGCCGGGAUGAAGAUCGCCCGCCCGCCCAUCUCCAUCGGCCACUACAAAAUGGUGAAGCACAAAAGCGACAAAGGCAACGAGGAGAACCCACACAGGUUCGACCUGCUGAUCCGCACGCAGCGCAUGUGGACUCAGGAUGGGAUGAACUCGUUGACCUACACCCUGCUGGCCAAACAUCUGCACCCCCUUUACACCAACCUGACCGUGGAUAUCGGCACCGACCCACGAGCCCCACGGGGCCGUCGCGGACGUGAAGGCCAGAGGUACCCCAACAACCUCUUCAGGGAGGAGAUGCUACGUAAAGUACCCGGUUUGGGGGCUUUGGGGUUGUCCCCACCCCACAUCCCGGCCCCACAGCUCCCCACGGUGACGGGGAACGACACCCAAAGUUCAUCUGGUGGGGUCACCCCACGCAGCCCCGAUGGGGACGGCGCUGCGACGGAGGUGGGGACCCUCCCGACACGUGGGGGCAACCAGAGCUGGCCCCAUGGCUCCCAUUAGCCCCAAAAUGUGUCCACC